ACCAGACGCACGGCAGCUCCCAGGCAAUGGCAGGGGAGCCGGACCACGACUGGGGCCCGGGGCCCAGCCCGUCUGUGCUUUUCCUGCACCCGGACUUAGGCGUGGGUGGCGCCGAGCGGCUGGUGCUGGACGCGGCGCUGGCCCUGCGGGCGCGCGGAUGCGACGUGCAGAUAUGGACCGCGCACUACGACCCGGGCCAUUGCUUCGCCGAGAGUCGCGAGCUGCCGGUGCACUGCGCGGGGGACUGGCUGCCGCGCAGCCUGGGCUGGGGCGGCCGCGGCGCUGCGCUCUGCGCCUACGUGCGCAUGGUCUACCUGGCGCUCUACGUGGUGCUGCUCAGCGGCGUGCAGUUCGACGUGGUGGUGUGCGACCAGGUAUCUGCUUGUAUCCCAGUGCUCAGGCUGGCCCGACGCCGGAAGAAGAUCCUAUUUUACUGUCACUUCCCAGAUCUGCUGCUCACCAAGAGAGAUUCUUUUCUUAAAUGGCUCUAUAGGGCGCCAAUUGACUGGAUAGAAGAGUACACCACAGGCAUGGCCGACUGCAUUGUGGUUAACAGCCGAUUUACAGCUAGUGUUUUUAAAGACACAUUCAAGACCUUGUCUCAAAUAGAGCCCGAUGUCCUGUAUCCAUCGCUGAAUGUCACCCGUUUUGACUCAGCUGUUCCUGAAGAACUGGAUGACCUAGUUCCCAAAGAGAGACCAUUCCUAUUCCUCUCCAUCAACAGAUAUGAGAGGAAGAAGAACCUGCCCCUGGCACUGCAAGCCCUAGUAGAGCUGCGUGGACAGUUGGCAUCCCAAGACUGGGACAGGGUGCACCUCAUCAUAGCGGGUGGUUAUGAUGACAGAGUCCUGGAGAAUGUGGAGCACUAUCAGGAGUUGAAGGCGAUGGUCCAGCAGUCUGACCUUGGCCAGCACGUGACCUUCCUGCGGUCUUUCUCGGACACACAGAAGAUCUCGCUCCUACAUAGUUGCAUGUGUGUGCUUUACACACCAAGCAACGAGCACUUUGGCAUCGUCCCUCUGGAGGCCAUGUACAUGCAGUGCCCAGUCAUCGCUGUUAAUUCAGGCGGGCCCCUGGAGUCCAUCCUGCACAACGUCACGGGGUUUCUGUGUGAGCCUGACCCAGUGCGCUUCUCAGAAGCCAUGGCAAAGUUCAUCCACCAGCCUUCCCUGAGAGCCACAAUGGGACUGGCUGGGAGAGCCAGAGUGCAGGAGAAGUUUUCCUCGGAAGCGUUUGCUGACCAGCUUUACCGGUAUGUCACCUACCUGCCGACGUCAUCGGGUUCCCCUUCAUAAGCUCUGCACACCACCGGCGUGGGAAACAGGUGUACAGUUGGGAGACCUGAAGUCAACAAAGAAGCCUAGAACCUUACAAACAAACAAACCCUUGAGCUACCUUUCUAGACACCAUACCUUCCACCCUUCAGGGGAGGGGAAAAAAAAUCUCAAAUGCUCCAAUCAGUCCUUAGCUUACCAGUGUUAAGGUACAAAUGUGCAAUCCCUCGUAUGGCAGAAGGCUUUCAUUCUGUUUCUUCUGGGUUAUUACUAGGCUGCCACUUCAUUUUGAAUCCCAUCUGCCUUCAUUGGUUUUGAUCGUCUGUGCCUCCUUCUCAAAGUUGAUUGCGUUGACGUCAGCAUACCGGAAAGAAUUCCUGUCGUUCCCAGAAACCUGAGUGUCAGCUGUCCUUGUGGGAGAUGGUGUCCCUCGUUCUUUCGCCUGGAUCCUUAGCAAGAGUACGCUGUAUUUGUUUGCACGGAUGUGGGUUUGUUUUGUUGUUGUUGCGUGUAGAGACCUAACAAUAAAAGGAGGGGAUCUCACAUGGAAGACAAUAAAAUUUUAGGUUUUGGCCUC